GCUAAGCAAGCCAUCACCUUCGGCUGGCCAAGAACAACGACUCGAAAACUGGGUAUGGCCUUUACUGUCUUUCCGACCGGGACUGUCCCGACAUGGUCAGCACAGAAGGUGAGCGCCUGGACCGUGUAUCUCAAAUCGGACUGCAUCUGUUCCAGCAUGAGCUGCGCAGUGUCUCGACGGACAUUCUGCGACACCUCGCAUUGCACUGUGUCUAUGGUUUGAGAAGUUUUCUUCUCGUCCACGGCAAGCGGAUUUUGGGGGUGCUCCGCCAGGAGCUAGACAAGCUUGUCAGCAAGCACGUCCUUACUGUGGAGCAAGCAGCAGUCCUUCGGCAUGGCGUUGUGCCUACUAUCAAUUCGGGGUUUCCGCAGCUGAGCGACUUAAUCGAUAAGCAAAGUCGGGCUCUGAUAAACGAGGACAAGUAUAUCAUCAAGCCGGUCCGGAGCGGUCGAGGAGACGGCAUUCUCCUUGGCAGGGAGCUGUCCGUGUCUGAGUGGGAAAAUCUCUUGCUUGACCUUCGCGACCCUGCGCUUGCACCAGGUCGAACCGUGUAUAACAUUCAGCCGCUGAUCGACCAGCCAUUGCUUGAGCUGCUUGAUCAUCGCGGGGAGGUGCAACUCAGUCCUCUUGUGGGCUCAUGUCACUUGGCUAAUGGCAGCUUCAAAGGUCUCGAUUUUUGGAGAGCUGACGGUAAGAAGAUCUAUAAUCUCAACAGGGGGGCGGUUGGAUGCUGGGGGUGGUUGCGCGUCCGUAUAGACGGAGUUCACGAGAUUCUCCUGCUGAAUGGAUUAGUUUAUGACCUGGCGGGCGGGUAUUUCUUCCUUGUCUCAAUGUUCCUAGCCACAUGAGAAGCAUACAAGAGCAUGGUAGUCAUAUCAUUGCACAAUUCGGGUAACAACAUGGUGAAUUCACGUCUUAUCAUG